AUGGAACCAGCUUCUUCUGAAGUGCUUUUUGAAAGUUUUUUUAAUUCUAUUUCACUGCCAAAACUAGCUUAUCAUUGGCAUGUUAUCAUUCUUUCAUCGUUAGGAUGCACCGCUACCCUUGCAGGUUCUCGCUUUAUUUCUCCGGCUCU